AAAUGAGGUCAAUGUUUGCGAUCCGAAGGAUCUUGAGUAGUACCAACUCCAGAGGAUUAUACAGGAGCUAUCACUCCAUAAAUCAAUGAAGAAGACCCUUGAGUCCAUUCACAGCUUAUUCUCUCAAAAGUUUCAAUACGAAUAACAAUGCAGGAAGGUUCAGGAACACUUACAGAGGCAAGAAAGUGUUUGUGAAGCCUCACAACAUCAUUAGGGAUCACUUGAUGCUAGCUGUGACCCCACAUAGAGCUAUUUAUGAGGAAAGCAACAAUACUGUGUCUCUGAGCAGACUAGGCUACCUGACCUUUGAAUUCAUCCCAACCGAGAAUGUCGAUGGAAGAAGCAGAGCUAAUUACCAGGACAAGGAUACAUUCAUCAUGACAAUGAAGAACAUCGGAGAUUUUCUCAAAAUAGAUGACUCUUACAAUAAGGAUGAGGAGCCUGUUAUUCUGAACUAUGUUCCAUUCAACAGCCCUCAGUCAGGUCCUGACUCCAGAGUGACCGUCUGCAAAAUAGAGAAGAAGCUUAUCAAAGAAGAUGGAAUUGACAUCCUCAAUUUCGAAAUCACCUAUAUGUACAUCAGAGGAGAGGAAAUCACAAAGGAUAGAAGCAUUCUUAUCGAAGUUGGAGAGAUGAAGGUCCUCCAAAGUCUGCUCGAGCAGUCCAUGUUUUACCUACUCGGAUGGCAAGUACUAGGCACUCCACAGAUCUUAGAGAGCGAUAUUGAUAACCGAGAUGCCUUGAACUCUGGGAAAUUCUCUCCUUUUAAAAAGAAUUAAUUAGAUCCAAGCACUUCAGCAAUGAAAA